AUGAGAGGGGCGUUCCCAAAGCACAUGGAAAAGAUCAGAGAUGACAAGAAGUAGCAAAGUUUUCUGCCUUGUAGUGCUCCUGUUGGCUCUGAUAGCAAGAGAUCUGUAUGCCAAGAAACCACCCAAACAAGGGAAACGUGUGAAGGAAGACGCGGCUGCUUCGUUUGAUGAUGAAGAUAGUUUUAUUGAUGACUCUUCCAUCACUGUUGACAUCGAGCACUCUAUUGGAUCAGCUGAUGCUUUCGUUAAAAGAGGUACAGCGUAUGUGAGGGGACUGAGAUCAUCUCGAUCUAUGGUGACAUUUCAACAAGACUCUCUCUCUCAAACACAGCUUCAGCACUUGAAGUCUGCUGCCAGGUCUGGGGGAGUGUACUUUCUAAGAGCACGAGCCUCGUUCACUGAGGGUCUGGCCGAGGAGCCCCACCAUCCAGGUCAUGUGACCACCGUCAUCAGUGCUUGCUCACUGUACAAUUCAAGACUUUCUGACUGGAUCACAAUCAGUGGAGAUGGGCAAGGGAACAUAAUUGGCCUUACAGUAACGACCCCAGUACACACAAUGGGCCUUGACUGCUCGUUUGAUUUUACCUUGCCACAUCAUUUUAACACCACCAUCACCCUUGACAACGGAGCUCCAGGCCCAAUGCCCAACACUCAAGCCUUCCAUGAGAAAAAAGAGAAAGAGGAACAACAAAAGAAAGAUGGCACUGACAAUAGAUCAUUCCUCCAAAAAUAUUGGAUGUACAUCCUGAUUGGUUUUGUGGUGUUCUCCAUCAUGAAUGGACUGGGCGGGGGUGGUGGACAGUAGCCAUUGGACAUGCAAUAGCUGUUUAGGGAUCGUGUUUAUGUAUUAUCUACCUUAAAAUAGGUUUGUACAAUCACAUGAGAAUCAUGCAAUUAACAAUGACAA